AUGGAUAUCGACAAUCCACCUUUGUCGAGUCCCGGCGACCCGUCAUCUACCCCCGCCGAAGACCGCCGCAAAUCUGGCCGACAGACGCGACGACCAGAAAUAUUCUCGCAAAGCACAUUUUCUGCCGAAGAACAGGCCAGCGGAAAGCGCAAGCGAGAUGAGGCGCGCGAAGACGAAGACGAAGACGCGUCCGAGUCCGACAGUGAAGAUGCUGGCAACGACGAGACAGAUGAAGAGGAACUGCGAGAGAAAAGACGCGCUGCACGCCGAAAUGGGACCAAGAAGCCCUCAAAACCUAAGCCGAAGUCCAAGGGACCACAUGCUUCAAAGAAACCUAAGGUCACAAAUGGACUAGGAAAACAGCUCGCCUUUAGGCCGGCUACUAAUGGCCGGCUCCCAGCUGCUCGCCCCCGGAAACCAAAGGCUCGACCCAGUCUCGCGGCAGGUGAGCGUGGACUAUUCGCGGAGGUCUUUGGAAAAAACACCAACGCUGACACGGUGGCCGCUCAAUGGCUGUCCCAAUAUCAACGCAAUAAUGGGGAUGCUAUGCGCGAUCUCGUCAAUUUCAUUUUACGAUGCACCGGAACGGACCUCGAAAUUGACACCGCUGAAGUGGAAGAUGUUGACAAUGCCCCCACCCGAAUUGAAGAUUUGCAAGCCCUGUACCAAGCAGAAGGCAUCACUGAAUACCCUCUUAUUUCCAAGGCAAAGAAGUUCAGGGCCUUCCCUGCCCUCCUUGAAGAAUUUACUGUGGCAUUGAUUCAAACUUUCCAUGCCUCUUCGGUUCUAUACACCGAUGAAAAUCUAUUCGAGAACGUUCAAAUCUGGAUAUCUUCAUUGUCAACAUCGCAAUGCCGACCGUUCCGGCAUACUGCAACUGUGAUCUCCCUAGCAAUCAUGAACGCCCUGUGUGAUAUUGCUCGCGAGGUCACGACAAGUGUGUCUACGUCCAGAAAGCAACUCGAAAGCGAAAAGAAAAAGAAAACCGUGAAUAAGGGUCGUGUGGAAACCAUUCAAACAGCUGUGUCCGAAGGCGAGCAGAAGGUGGAGCGGCUAGAUGAAUUCCUGCAGGAUGGAUUUGAUACUGUCUUUGUCCAUCGCUACAGAGAUAUUGACAGUCAGAUUCGUGCCGAAUGUCUGACGGCUCUGGGUGGAUGGAUUCGCACAUACCGAGAAAUCUUCUUUGAAGGGCAGUAUCUGCGAUAUCUGGGGUGGACACUUGCGGAUGUUGUUGCGCAAACCCGACUAGUUGCCUUGACUGAGCUUCUGUCUCUAUAUGAGAACCGGGACAACGUUGCUGGCUUGCACUCAUUCACUGAACGCUUCCGCCAGCGCAUCGUUGAGAUUGCUAUACAGGAUGCUGAUAUUUCUGUACGCGUGGCUGCGGUUGAGCUUCUUAACCACCUUCGUGAAGGAGGUCUACUCGAGCCAGAUGAUAUUGAUGCUGCCGGCCGCUUGGUAUUCGACAUUGACCCCCGCAUUCGGAAAACAGCUGGGCGCUUCUUUGUUUCCAAUGUUCAAGAUUCAUACGAGUCAAUCACAGAAGAAGCUGGAGAAGAGAUCAGUGAACUACUGGCUGAUGAUGAUGAAGAUGACUAUGAAUCGCCCAAGCACUCAUGGAUCAAGUACAAAUGCCUUACCGAUUUGUUCCAAGCCUAUGACGCCCAGCAGUCUGAUCAAGAAUCAGAGCCAAUGUCUCGUGACACACUACUGGGAGUGCCUGUAGAGUCUCGCUUUGCUCUCGCGACUGAGGCUGUCUUCCCUCACAUGGAAGAACUUUCUCAAUGGCCAUCGUUGGCUGGUUAUCUGCUUUACGACCACUCUCAAAUCAUCGACGAACCAUCCGAGGAUGAUACUGCAAGUGUCGUGAAAAAUAUGUACAAAAUGCAAGAAGGACAGGAAACCGUUCUCCUGGAAGUGCUCUGUGCUGCAGUCAAGCUCCGGGUUUCUGAUGUAUCCAAGUCCGAUAUCGAUAAGCGUGGGCGCAAAGUUAAGGCACUGACUGCUAAGAUCUCGGAGCUCCAAGAAGAGAUCUCCCACAAUCUUGCGCAAAUCAUCCCCCGACUUCUCAAUAAAUUCGGUUCCACGCCAGAAGCGGCUUCUGCUGUCUUGCGGCUGGAACACCUUGUGGAUCUAGACUCGAUCCAGGAUCUUCAAAAGGAUGCCACGGCCUAUUCCUCGUUGCUCAAUGAUAUCAACAAGCAAUUCCUGACUCACUCCGAUCAAGACGUUUUGGCUGAAGCCAGUGUAGCGUUCUUGCAUGCAAAGAGCUCUGAGGAGAUGCGGGAAUCCCUUGAAAGUAAGGUCCAAGAGCUUUGGGACGACAUGGUAGAGGCGCUGGGCGCCUUUUCUCGUAAGAAGGAUGUUCAAGAAGGUGGCUCAAUUUCCGAUCCCACUCUCACCGACCUGACCAACACUGUCUCUCGAAUUUCGAACCUCGCGGGCAUCACGGAUUGCGCCGCAAUCCUCGAAACUGUUCCCAACGCGCGGUCGAAGUCAAAGAAGGACCAGCCCGAAGCCCCAUUCAACACUCUCAUUCGUCUUGCCGAGCGUGGUCUACGCAGCGAAGAUGAAGAUGAAGAUGUUGCCAGGGCAGAAACUGAGCUGGUAUCAAGCAGUAUCCGCUCAUUGCUUUUCUAUUUCAUGUGGAAAGUGCAGGCACUGUCCACAGCGCUGAACGACGGAAAAGCCAACUUCAACACAUCCUACUUUGAAGCACUUACCAAGAGCCGCGAGACCUUCGCCUCGACUCUUGUCGACAUCAUGCAAUCGCGUUCCGGGCUUGAUGACCUUCGAUUCAUAGCAACCACCACAUACCUAGAUUUGCAGACACUAUUCAGCACGCUCCGCAACAUCGGCCAAGGCAACGGUAACGAUGAAGAUGUUCUCUUCCAAACUCAAAGCCUAAUCCAUGAAAUCGGACCUAAACCCCAGACAAUCAUCACCAAGAUCCACGGCAUUGCCGAACGCACAGCCGCCGCGAAAUCAAAAGUAAACCUGGAGCCUGCAGACGAUGAUGCCCCCGCCUCAGAAGAUGAGCCCGAGGACGAAGAUGAAGCUAGCGACUCUGAGGAUGAAAGCGCAGCCAACGAGCGCCUCCGCAGCAGCAUCGUUGCCGAACAGCGCCUUUGCGAACUAACAGGAAAGCUGGUCCUGGCCAUCAUCGCCCGUGUCAUCGACGCCUCCGGCUCAAAGCGCGGCUCUCUGAAAAAGCGUCUCCUUCGCAACAAGACUGCCCUCGGUCACAAUUACCGCCAGGUCUUGUCUUAUCUUGAAGAGCGCAAGCCACGUAGUGCACCGCGCACCAAAGGAAAGCAAGCUGGCAAGACUGCUGCUGCUUCACCUGCCAAGGGAGGAUUCAAGUCUGCGACGCAGGUUAAUGAUGACGACGAGAAUGACGAUGUGCCUGUGGAAGAGGACGACGAUGAGGAUUUGCGCGCACGCGGCCUUGUCGAGGAGGAUAUUGAUCAGCAAAGUGGAGACGAGGAUAAGGAUCUUGAUUCCCCUGCGCCUGAGCCAGACGAGGAUGAAGUGAUGGGCGAUUGA